AUGGAUAAACUUAGUGUUAACAAAUUAUUUCUAUCCGCUACUUCUCCAAGUCAAACUCGACGUUUAUCGCUUGUACCAUUGUUUACUAAAUCUACAUCUCCAUCACCAUCAAGAGCAUCAGCAGGCCUUCGUCGUAAGAGUAUGAUUGAAUCACUAGGGGUUGCGGAAGCUCGACGUGAAGCAGACGAAAAACGAAAUGCAAAAUAUGCGAAAAUGGAACGACAACGUGAAGAAGUUCGACAAAAUAUUAGAGAAAAAUAUAAUAUUAAGAAGAAAGAAGAACCAAUACCUUCACCGUGCGAAGGACGUUUAACAGCCGAUAAAAAAGGACCUAUUCCAUUACCCGAUGAUGAUGAUAGCUUCGAUCCAAUUAAAAUGGCAACAGACGCACUAAAUACCAUUUCUGAAAAAUUACCUUUCAAACUGCCUUGGAAAUAA